GGCGUGGUGGUUUGGCGCCAGCGGUUUCGCGGGGUAAAACAGCACAAGGAGCGGCGUCACACAAGCAGACGGAGGCUCUUAAACUCUGAGCAGUACAGGCCGGAGUUAAGAGUCUUUAAAGGCCCGGACAGAGCAGGUGAGGGCCGGUGUAAGUGCAGUGUCACUGCCGCCGCCGCUACUGCAUCAUCUUCUUCUUCUAGUUGCUCCUGAGGAGUCGCGUCCUAAAAAGACAGACCUCGUUGGGGGUGAGUUAUAAUGAUGGCGAUGGCGGGGCCUCCGAGCAGCCCCGGCAUCCUUCCUCUGCUGGAGUCGCUGGAGGAUAAAGCCGCUGGACACGCCGAGCAAACAGACGCCUACCUCACCAUCGCCAACCGGCUCAGUGGAGAGGAGGGCCGACAUUUUCUCCCUGCAGUUGAAAAGCACUUUUCUCGUUUGGGUAAAACCAUCUUGACUCACAUAACCAGUUCGAAUGCAGAACUGAGCCAAGCCGCCCUGCAAGCUUUGGGGUUUUGCGUGUACCAUUCUCAUGUUUCCUCUGCCGUGCCCGAAGCCUCUGCCGCAGAAAUACUAUCAGCACUUUGCUCCCUGGUGGUGAAAUCCACGGAUAAGAACACGUGCAUCAGGGCAUUAUGGGUCAUCUCCAAACAGACGUUUCCUUCAGACGUAGUCGCCAAAAAAGUGUCGUCUGUCCUGGGGACACUGGAGAGUGUGUUGAGCAGAGAGGACAUCCAGUCUGUUGUCUUGGAGCAUGAAGCCUUGAACGUUAUAAUCAGGAUGCUGGAGCAGGCACCAGCUCAGAUGGGUGAAGGAGCGGUGCGGUGGGCGAAGCUGGUCAUUCCUCUGGUCGUUCACUCCGCCUCCAAGGUGCGUCUGCGGGCCGCCGCAGCCAUGGAGAUGGGCAUGCCUCUGCUGCUGGGCAAACAGAUGGAGGUGGCUGCCAUCAUCGAACCCUUGAUGUCCACGAAACUGAUUCCAGAGCUGCAGAAACUUUUCAUGUCCAAGAAUGAAACCAACGUCCUGAAGCUCUGGCCUUUAUUUGUCAAACUACUCGGGAAGAUGCUGCACAGAGGAGGUCCCUUCAUCAACUCCCUGCUGCAUCUGGAGGAGCUCGGCUUCCGCAACUCGUCUCCAACCAUCAAGAAGAUUGCGUUUAUUGCCUGGAAGAGCCUCAUAGACAACUUCUCCCUCAAUCCUGACAUCCUGUGCAGUGCCAAACGUAUUAAGCUGCUGAUGCAGCCGCUCACAUCCAUCCACGUCAGGACUGAGGCCCUGCUGCUCACCAAGGUGGAGGUGUGGUGGUACCUGGCCGUGCAACUGGGACCCAACCUGUCGUCCAACUUCGAUCAGGUUUCCCUUCCUCUGCUCCAGUGUACCAUUGGUUGUGACUCCUUGUCGGUCCCAGGUACGCCAUCCAGAGCCGUCGCUCAAAAUGGCGCUGCCGCACCCGUCACGCCCAAAACUGGAACCCCAGCCAUCAACAGUGCAGGCGCCACACCUCGGAUGAACCUGAACUCCAGCAUCCAGGUCCCUUCCACCUACCCUUCCAUCCAGCUCCUGGGCCUGGAGAUGUUGUUCCACUAUUUUCUCGGACCAGAGGUCGUUGCUGCGGCGGCGAAAAGAAAACUCACGCUAAGUCUUGAGCCGCUGAACCACCCGCUGCUCUCCGGCGCUUCCUCUUUCACUAAACACGCUGCUGUCCUCAUCUCAAACAUCAGAGACGGAUUCACCAACAUCGGCAAAGACGCUCCAGAUUCCCUGUUGGCCGUCAUAUGGACGAGUCUCGUCCGAUUUGUCAACCUAACUAUCGAGUCUGGCGUUAAGAAGGACCGUCAGGGCUGCGAGGUUCUCACGCUGAUGCUGCAGGCUCUGCAGAGCAUCGUCACCUCAGAAGCUCUGCCUGCAGACAGAGUCCUGAUUCUGUUCGAGGCCACAGUGAAGGGAAUCCCGCAGAGAGUUCUCGGCUCUGCUUCCUACCAAGUUGGCAAGAUGGAUGUUCUAAAUGGAACACCAGCCCUGUAUCUCAUCCUCCUCCUCUACAACAGCAGCAUGCUCUCCGCUUACAUCGAGGACGAACGGUUCUUUCAGUGCCUUCAGAUGCUGGUGGGCUGCGGCUUGUCGGGCCACACCUCCCCGUUGGCGUUUAGCGAAUCGGUGCUGGGCGCCAUCGGCGGCAGCGCCGGGUCCGUGCAGAACAAAGAGCAGCUGUGGAGGAUGUGGAGCGCGGUGGUCGGCCCGCUCACUGACACCAUCACGCAGUCUAACGAAGUCAACCAAGGCGACGCUCUGGAGCACAACUUCAGCGCCAUGCACUGUGCCCUGCUGUUUCCCGUCACACACUUUCUACGCGGCUCACCACUACAGCAGGCCGCGCAGAAGUCCAUGCUGUCCACGUGGUCUAAGCUGUACAAGGUGUUCGCCCGCUGCUCGGCGCUGGUGGUCACUGCUGAGGAGAACAUCUGCUGCGAGGAGCUCUGCGCUAAGAUCACAGCCUCAGUAGACAAAGACGUUUUAGUGGUUCCUUCAAACCUGAAUGCCAUCACCAGUGUCCUCCACGUCAUGGUCGAGUGUGUCGACUUCUCGCCGUACUCGCCUCAGUUUCAGCAAAAGCUAAAGUCUCCUCACACUCCUGUAAACUGGAUGAAAAAGAGGAACAAGGCCUUGGGGAACCUGUUCACAUUCCAGUCCCUGCUCGUCCAAUGUCUGGAAUUCUAUCUGGAGAACCCCGAGGCUUCUUCUGAAGCCACGGGAGUCGCCCUCAUUUCCAUCAUGUCCACUCUCUUCGCCAACCUCGUCCUCACCAAUGCCGUCCAGGAAGCGUUCGCCUCUCUGAUUCAACCUCUCACCCUUUUCUACAAACGAGCCGCCAGUGACCCGCCAGAGUUCACAUCACAGAUCCUGUUAAAGCUCGAGAAGCUUUUUGGUGACGUGCUCGGCUGCUUGCAGAGCCGCUCUGCCCUGGCCUUCGAUGACGAGCUGCUCGCUCUACUCUCUCCGCUGCUCUGUGUGCUGUUUCCUCACAAGAACAAGCACCUCCGAACCUCCGUCACCCAGUUCUGGAACGCCACCUUCGCCAACUCUGUCAGCAUCAAUUACCCCGAAGAGAUCAGACCCAUACUGAGCCAUGUGAAACAGACAAUCCCGAUCAUUCUCCCCGGUUUUGAAGCCGUUACUGUUUCUGAUGAGCACAGUGAACAGUAUUCCAGUGAGAGUUCCCAGUUGGAGACCAAGCUCAGCGGGAUGCCCAUUUCCUCUGCGGGGAAGAGGGACUCGCUGCUGGGAAAGGCUGCUGAGCCCAACGACAAGAGCUCCAAAAAGACCUCCAAGGCAGUAUCUACAAAGCUGGACUUUGGUUCUCCUAAGCCUCCCAGAAGAGAGGUUUUGGAGGAAGAGGCCUCCAUUGACUUCGUCUUCAUUCCUCCUGAGACGAAGCAAAGAGUUUUGACCGAGCACCAGAAGGAAGUGAAGAGGACUAAGAGAGUUGACAUCCCGGCCAUGUACAACAACCUCGAUGCUUCUCUGGAUACAACAGUUUUCUCUCAAUACACCCAGAGCCAAGAAGACUCUUCUGAGGACAAACUGCCAACAGAACAAGUGGAUAAGAUGAUUGAAGAAACUCUUGACAAGGUUCCUCCGGAAGAGAGCAAAAAUAAAGACCAUGAAGUUCUCAUAGAAGAAAAUAAAGACGUUGCCAGCCCAACAGAAGCAGAGAACAAGAUGAUCCCAGAGUCAUCAUCAGAUGUUUCCAUGGAGGAAGAGGCCAAGGCUGGUGAUAAAUCCGAAGACAUGGACACACAGUCUAAGGAGGAGGACUUGAGUCCUAGCCUCUCUGGCUCCUCAGAUUUGGUGUCGGGGACUCCUCAGAAACCCAACAGUCGCCGUCAGUCCUUUAUCACUUUGGAGAAGUAUGGUGAGGGCAAGCCCGCCAGUCCGAAUAGUGGAUCCAUAUUCGCUGGUCGUCUUGUAAAGACCCCCAAAACCCAAGAACGCAAUGAUGCCAAGAAGUCACCACCUUCUCAGCCUUCCCAGACAUCCACUACUUCAAAUUCUCAGGAUAUUGAAAAAACUGAUUUGCAGCAUCCUGUAAACAGUACCAUGGAGUCCCCUCGAAGACCAAAGGACUCUGGGAUUGCUACUGAACCCGUAAAGCUGACUGAGAGACUCCCCAGUGACACAACAGAAGAUGAGGAUGUUAUUCCAGACACCCAAGCUGAGGCGGAGGGCAAGGGGACUACAAAAGUGGAUUCCACGUCAGAGAACAUGGAAUCAUCAAGUCAAGAAGAGGAAAUGGUGGAUUCUCAAUCCUCUGCGACGGAGACCUCUCCAGUUGACCCUCAACUGUCUGGGCGCAGUAGAGUCAAACCUCUGCUGCCCGGAGAAGACCCCGAAGAAUCAGAAAAGAAGCAUUCGCUGUUGAAAAGGAAACGUUCUGGGGAGGAGUCAAAAAGUGACCCACCAAAGACAAGCCCAGUACAAAGCAGAGUAACCAGGAGGAGUCUGCAGGUUGCAGAGGAGGAGAUUGCCAGAGCUAAAUUACGAACAAGGGCUCAGAAGGAGAGGAGUGACUUGAGCCAAACCAACUCUCAGGGUAGACCACAGAAAAAGAUGAAACUGUUUAGUAAUUCAGGUAAUUUCCUUGAUAAACCUGAAUCCAAAAGAAGAACCAACAGGGAGCGGGAGUCCAGCCAAACAGACCUGUCUGAUUCUGACAGCCCAUCACAGGGUAGUCGGCGUGGUCGGCGAAGCAAAGCAUCAUUAGAGAAUGAAGAGAAGGGCUUGAAGAAGAGGGAGAGUGAACAGUCAAGUCAAACUGCCACACAGGAACUUGAGGUUGUAGAACAAACCGAAAAGGAUGAUCACAAACCUGAGAGAGACUCCCAGGUGUUCACUGCAUCCCAAGAGGUUGAUCUUGCAGGAAUGACGAAAAAGGAUGUUCACGAGGUGAAAACGGACUCUCAGCUGGUCACCUCUUCCCCUCAAAGCAGUGACAAACCCGACAAUGAUGAGCCUAAACAGACUAAAAACGAUGAUCCUGUGGUAAAGGACGACUCUCAGAUGAUGACUCUUUCCGCUAAAACUGGAGAUGGAUCCCAAGAAUUUGUGGGAAAAGAUGACAGUGAGCCAAAACUUGAUUCUCCUGUUGUCGCUCAUGGUCAAUCCCAAGAGUUUGAGCUUGUUAAAAAGACCAAAUUGGAGAAGAUAGAUUCUCCGAUAGUUGCCUCUUCAACUAGUGAGUCCCAAGAUGGAUCAAACGUGCUGGGGAAUGAGUUGGAGGUCAAAGAUAAAGACAAAACAAUGGAAAAGACUGAUGACGGUCUUAGUCAAGAUGACUCUCAAGCGAUUACACCCUUAUCCUCUGAUAGCCAGUCUGUCCGUAAAUCCAGAAGAAGCAAGGCUUCGCCUGACGGAGCAGAGUCUGAAGACAAAAGUGACAAUAAGAAUUCAAUGGGAAGGCAGAGUCGGUCUAGUUCCAAGACAAAUAUAUCAGCUGUCAGUCAGGCAGAAGCUAGUAUAGGAGGUAGAACCAGAAGGAGCAAAGCACACGAGGAGCUGCCUAAAUCAAGUCCUAGCUCAACCCCGGAAGGCUCUCAGUCAUUGGACACUCCUGGAUCAACAGAGUCUUCCCAAGGAAAGGGCAGAUACACAAGGCGAAAAUCUUCUCAAGCUUUAGCUAGUGUGGAAUCCUCAGAGCCUAAAUCCCCAGGGGCCAGAGAACCUUCCACUAUGCCCAAAAAGAGAGGGAGGAAACCCAGGUCUUCUCUUCCAAGUCCUCUUACCAUUGAAUCUCAGGAGGACAGAAUUGAUGGUGAUAUGGUAAAUGAUGCUGCUGAUUCUCAAGAAGUAGAUACACAAAGCAUAGAGGCUGAAAAUGCAACCCAUGUAGAGAAAGCCUUAGCUAGUGUGGAAUCCUCGGGGCCCAAAUCCACAGGCACCAGAGAACCUUCCACUAUGCCCAAAAAGAGAGGGAGGAAACCUCGGGCUUCUCUUCAAAGCCCUCUUACUCUUGAAUCUCAGGAGAACAGGAUUGAUGAUCUGGUAAAUGUUGCUGCUGCUGCUGAUGAUUCUCAAGAAGUAGAUACACAAAGCAUUGAGGCUGGAAAUGUAACCGAUGUAGAGGAAUCGCAGCAAAUACAAGAUUUACCACAGUCUCAGUCACUCGUGGAGGAGGAGCAACAAGUCAACGAAUCGCCAAUGGAGGUUGAGGUAGACACUGUUGCACCCGCAGAACCUGUUGCGCUAGAGAAGACGGAGAUUGACGACACAGAAACGAGGAACGAGCCGCCUUGCAAGAAUGAACAAAGCAACUCGGUCACUAACGUGGACGGCAACUCCUCACAAGAAAAAGACACUGGGGACCGUGAAAUCCUUGAAGAGAAAAGUAUAGAACAGGUGAAGGGAAAUGGGUCUAGCGAUUGUCCAUUUGCUCUGGAUGAACAGGUGCCCUCUGAUGGGACAACAGAGGCACCUCAGGUCUCAGAGUCUUCAGAGGACAAAGCUGAAGACGUUUCUGAAACUGGUGGCAGUGGCGAUGGAAAUCAAAUGGCCGAUUCAGACCACGAACAUCCAGUUGUUCCUCAGGAAGGCACAGUUCAAAACCAAAUCCAGAGUGUCAAUGAGCUUUCAAAGGAGGAUGAACAACCGGUCUCAAACGAGCAGAUGGAAGCACAUGCUUCCAAUGAGGAUGAGGUCCCUCCUCUGCAGGAGAACGCCGAUGACGUAGAAACCCAGAUCGAGGAGUGUCGGGAUGAAGAUCAAACUCAGAAGGCGACUACUGAGAACAACGUGGCCGUAAAUUUGGACGCUGCUCUGAGUGAACUUUGCGACGCACCAGUGGCUGCAGACUCUAUGAGCAACAAUGUUUUCCAGGAUUCUCCAGUGAAGCAGAAAGACCUGGAGGCUCUCAUGGCCUCAGAUAUUGGCCAAAGUCCAUCCAGUGGCAGAAUCAGAGGAACCUGGUCUCCUUCAGCCUCCCCUUCCACCAGCAUUCUAAAGAAGGGCCAGAAGAGACCACUAGAGGAGGACACUCCCUCGCCUCUUGUCAAAUCCAGACGCGUGUCCUUCGCUGAUCCGAUCCAACAUCAGGAGAUCGCAGACGACAUUGAUCGUCGCAGUCCCGCCGUCAGAACCAGCUCCCCCAGAAGAUCCAGAAUUAGUGCCAUCCCACAACCCAAGUUCAUCACGACUCCAACAAAGGGCGUGCUGAUCCUGAGCCCCAGAAAUCUGCGAAAUCCGGGUUUUAAGAGCUCCAAGAAAUGCUUGAUUUCUGAAAUGAGCUUGGAGCCUCGACCUGUCCCCAGAGAUUGUAUCUAUCCUGCUUUAGUUGGCUGCUCAGCACCCGUAGAAGCUGUGCUACCUCAGAUAUCGUCCAACAUGUGGUCUCGUGGGUUUGGGCAGCUCGUCCGAGCCAGAAACAUCAAAACGGUGGGUGACCUCAGUGCCCUAACCCCCACCGAGAUCAAAACUCUGCCAAUUCGCUCCCCAAAGAUCUCCAACGUCAAGAAGGCGCUUAAAAUUUAUGAACAUCAGCGUAAAGGUCGGAGUGUGGACGACUUGAAGAGUUUUGAUGAAACGGAGAUGAUGGCCUCUGAACUGGAGGAGACCAGUGCUCCUCAAAACCAGGAUGAGGAGGAUAAGACCUCAACUGAGACACUAGCCACAGAGUUGGUGGACGAGCCUGUUCCUGCAGAGGAGAGGCUGCCGCCGCAGCAGCAGGAGGAGGAGGACGUCUCUGAUGAUCAGACACCUGCAGGAGAACAUCCUCCUCCUGAAGAACAGCUUCACCCAGUCGCGCUGCCGUCAGAGGUGGAGGCCCUCGCCUGCAGGAUGACGCCACUAGAACUCAGUAGCUGCUCGCCUCACCAGCUCGUUCAGAUGCACGAGCGGCUGGGAGGCAUGAUGGGUCGCGUGGUGGUCGAGCUGCAGACGCGCCUCAGCCAGACUGAAAGUAAAACCUGAAAGUGGCUUCUGCCGGAUCGGACUGCCGAGGCACAUAAGAAGAUGGAUGUACUCAAAAAAUAAUCGUGACUAUGGAUUAAAAUAACCCGCCGAGGCCUCGUCGUGUUGAAUCAGGAGAAUUUGACACUCUGCUCUCGCAGGCCUUGGCGGCUUCUUCCUCACCUUUUUUUGGAUUUCCCUUUUUGAAUAUUUUAUUAAAUGGUAGCAGCAAAUAUUUUUAAUAUCUAGCUUGUGCUGUUUGGUAGUUUAUACAGUUUUAAUAAACACACGAAGGGAAGCACAGUCACACUUUUUUAAACUGUGUUGGACAUCUAUUAUAAAUGGUUGUAAUCUGGACAUUGAUGGUAUUGUUGACUUUGUAACUGACCCCUGAUGUAAUUCCACAUGUCCUGGACUCUGUGUACAUACUAUUAUUUUUGUCAGUCGAUCCCCUGAGACACUUAAUUAUUCAAGUCAUCAGUGUUCUUGUACAUUUUUGUUGUUUCUUAGUUUGUAAACAUUUUUCUUUCUUGUCUUUCCUCAUUUUAAUGUGUAAAAAAAACAAAAAACCCUCCAGUAGAUGAUGCGCACUUCAGUCAUUAUUUGUGCUUUUAAAACUUUUUUAAAUAAAAGGCUACAAUGAUGAGAAUUUCUAAAGUA